CGAUGAUUUUGUUCGCGAUGUUUUAGAAUCGCCCAAAAUGACAGAGUUUUGACAGAAUCUUGGCAGCAGAGAGGGAAUGAUCGAAUUCCUCAAUCUCAGCAGGAUUCACGAGCGUCUGUUUCACAGAUAUUCUCUAUAGUUCGUCGGUAAUUGAUUUUGGCAAGUCGUGGAGCUGGUGGAGACAAAUUAACCAUGCAGAAUUAUUUGACGACUCGGUACCGUCAGGUUCACGACAAAAUCAAGGACGUCAGGAUAUCGAGCCUCAAGAACAAACUUCCGAAAAACAUGAGAAUGGUGUCCCUGCUGGAACACAUACCAACGCAGUCGAUGGUAACCAAGCUCUCGCUGGUCGGCACGAGAAUCACCCAGCUUCCCUAUUUCCCGAAAUCCCUGAACGUGAAGUAUUGGACCAUCGGCCUGAUCGUCUCUCUGCCCGUAUUCUAUCAAUUCCAAACGAUGGCGAGCCCGACCAACUUAACGACUCUCCAAACGAAGCAGGCGAGCAUCGGCACAGAAGAAACCACCGAGGGGAGCACCGCGGGUACCGAAUGAUUCGAGCGGAAACGUUCCCGAGAAGACACACUCGAUGCUUCCUUUGAGCUGCUUUCGGCGCGGCAGAAAGAUGCGCGAGUGAUUCACGCUCGGUUGUCGGGACACCGGAAAAUUCGGUUCUAAAUCGAACGGAAUAAUGUCGCGUCUCGGAACUAUUACCACCUUGAUAGGACCUCUCCGAAGGGGUCUCCGAUCUAAUUAAUACUCAACAAAGUCUCGAUGUCCCGCGCGUCCGAAUAUACGUCUGUCCUGUGUUUCGAAUGUCGCAAAAAUAAAAUGGCUGUCCCUCGAA